UUAAAAGAAAUAAAAUCGCUAAAGUUUGAGAUUAAUUUAAAGGAUUCUGAAAUUGUCUCUCUUGAGGCUAGAAUAAAUGAAUUAGAGGCUAAGUUAGAACAAACAGCACAAAAAGCUUUAUUAAAGGAUAAUGAUACUACCCAGUUACUUAACAAUUCCUCUUUUGAGAUUAGAUUGAAAGAAUUGAAAAACGAACUAGAGAAAGUUACACAUAAUUUAUCAUUUAAGGAUAAAUUAAUUUUCUGCCUCAGGUCCAGGGUAAGUAAUCUGGAAAAUAAAUUAGAACAGAUUCUUCUAAAAUCAUAUCAAUCAACUAAUGAUUCAAAAACAGGUAGCGAUGCUAUAGAAGAGGUAUCCAGUUUCUCUAAGACCCCCUCUUUGUCUUCACACUACUUAGAGCUUGAGCCUGAUGAAAUUCCUAUUAUUAUUCGAGAAAAUGUUUCCUAUUUAGUGAUAUUUAAUGGCAGUAGUAGUGCUCACGAUAUCUCCAAAAUUGUUGAACGAUAUACUGAUGAUAUAAAACAAGGAAGUAUUAGAACAUAUCUUGAAAAUCACAGACCAAAAAUAGAGCAUAUCAGCUAUCGAAGACCUAAAGUUUAUAAAAGUCAGAUAGCUAUAUACUUCAAAUGCUGGAGAUUAGUAAAAAUUACUGAAGUAAAGCCAAAAAAGGAACAUUGGGAAGGAUGGCGCCGAUAUGGAUAUAAGAUUAAAUCCAAGGACUUGAUGCAAUAUCAUUGGAAUAAUGAAUACUUUAAUACCAAAAUCCAAAAUAAGUCAAGUUUAUUGUCUUCUCCUCUAUUGCCACCAAAACCUGUUAUAUUAAUAGGUGGUCUUUCAAGAUACAUAUAUAAACAUAAUGCAAGUGCACCCAAAAUUAAAAAUCUCUGGAAUAAUCAAUCAAAUAUGUCUAACAUUUCUAGUAGAACUAGUUUAAACAACUUUGCUGAUGUAUAUUUCAAUUCUGUGUAA